CCCCCCUCCCCCACCCGGGGGAACGCGGGCAACUUUUACGUCUAGUUCAUUGCAGCUUCUGCAUUACACGAAUCCCUUUGCUUGAGAGCGAAAUUGAAACAUUUGCAAAUUCAUAGCGCACUUGAAUACUAUCCUCGAUUGUUCCUGAUCAAUGAUAUGAAGAAGAGAAGAUUAGAAGAAGAUUUGCGGAGAGAGAUCUCGAAAACAACUGAUGUAGAAAAACAGCUGGAUCUUCUCACAGACCUAGGUGACCUUCAACGAUGCAACGGGGAUUUAGAAUCAGCUGUGGAGACAUACAAGAAAGCUGCUCAACUUGCCACUGCUCUUAGCAAUCACUUGGAUCUUUCUUUUGUGUACCGAGCUUUGGCGGAGAUCAGUGCGGAGGAAGGCGAGCGCAAGCAAGCUUUGGAAUAUGCUGGUCUAUUUCGGCAAACCGCGCAAAUGUGCGGAAGUUGCUCUCAAAUUCAGCUGUCUCUUCAUGUUUCUGGCUGGAUCUACGAGAAACUAGCCAUGCAGCAAUUACAAAACACAGCUGAUCUUGAAGAAGCUUUAUCGUGGUGCCUGAAAAGUAUAGACUACAUCAAGAAAGCUGGCCAUAGGAUUGAUUGCGAUAGAAAGGCAGUGAGGGUUGCUGGAGACUCCGCAAGAAGAAAAGCAGGAUUGGAAAGAUUGUGCUCCGGUAUAUGCGCAAAUCUUCAACGUCGAUCUGAAGCUGAAAAGUACUGGAAUACAGCGUAUGCCUACGCAAAAAGAAACCAAGAUUCCGAGCUCGAAUAUCAGCUUCUACUUGCCCGCAUAGACUUUUCAUGGGAAUCACCACUGAAGAACGCGCAAAGACUGGUCAACUUUGCUCCUUCGAAGAAGAAGGGACAAGCAAUCAUGGAAUUGGCGCAGGUUUUGACAUUUGCCGGUGAUUUUUUGGCUGCGCAGAACGCUCUUCUUGAGUGCCUCCUACAUCACAAAUCCUCGCUGAUGCCUGAUGAUGCGGAUCUUCUCGAGGCUAGGCUAAUUUUCUUGUACAAGUACUUUCACAGACUGGACCGAUCGAAAGAUCCUGGCUGUUCAAGAGGUGAACGACGGAAGAUGUAUGAACUCAUCGCUGACUCACUUUGCUCUUAUGGAGGUGACAGGAAGGAACUGCUGGAGCAUGCAGUAAAAUACUACAAGCUGAUGUUUCAGAACAGCGUCACCGACAGAGAGAAGUGCACUGCUGCGAUAUCUAUAGCCCAAACAUUUAUGGACCUCGAAGCAUUUGAUGAAGCGCGGGAGUGGUUCGAAAAAGUGCUUGAACUGGAGACAAGGAUUGGAAAAUCUGAUGCAAAGCUGUGCCAAACGAAGGUGCUGCUGUUUGAGGCCAAAUGUCGCCAGAAAUUUUCUUCCAAGCUAAAUCUUUUGGAAGAAUUCGGCCAGCUGAACUCUCAAAUACCGGAAGGGUAUCCUUCGCUCAAAGCGGCUAUAAAUAGAGCCAUGGGCCAGUUUUUCGUCCAAAAAGGUGAUCGCUCAGAAGCAUCCCUGUACCUUUCACGGGCAGAUACGCUUCGAGAUGAAGUGGAUGUUGAGGGAAGUGAGGAAGAGGAAAAUGAGGAGACCACAGACGAGCUGGAUGCAAGACCGAACAAAGCAAUCAUGAGGGAAUGUUUAGAGCUUGCACGACUAAGAAACAGCGAUCUAGAAAUAGAGAAAGAUCGUGACAAAGAGAAGAAUGCUCAUGGAGAAACGCGACUGCAUAUUGCUGCGCGAAGUAACGACACCGCUAUGGUAGAAAAGUUGAUAGCUGCAGGAUACGAUGUCAACCGGCGGGAUUACGGUGGUUGGACACCCAUUAGUGAAGCCGUUUCAGCAGGAAUGCGAGAAAACGUGCUGGCAUUGUUGAAAGCCGGUGCGAAAGUUGAUCCAGUCAGCACUGAAGUACUCAAUGAUGAGGAGAAUUCUACUGGAGGUGGCAUAACACCAUUGAUGGAAGCGUGUGAUAAGGGGUUCAUAGACAUUGCUCGGGAUUUGCUGAAACGUGGCGCUUCGGUAACGAAAAGAAAUGCAGAUGGGUGGACUGCUGUGGAUUUUCUGAGGAACCACAUAGUAAACAAUGAUGACGAUGAUAACAGCAAGCUGAAAGAACUAACUGCCUUAGCAGUUAGCAUGGAGGACAUGCAAAGGAAGCAGUCGUUUCCUGUCCGAGGUUGUGCACCUCAGCUGAAUGCGAGGAGAAAUGUGAAACCUUUUGUCAAAACGUCUCGAACGAAUACAGCUGAUAAAGGAGACGAUGAUGCGUUGAACUCUUAUAAGCGGGCUAUCGGAAGUAUGGGUGCCCAGUCCAAGAGCAAGAAGAGGUCUCGUCAGCAUGAGAGUGCUCUCUUUUACGAAAACGAUGCGCUUAUACGUAGCCCUUCGCCUGAAGAUGACAUUGUACUUCCGAGUGACUGUGAAAGAAGCCCUGAUAAGGAUCGAAGUAGCCGUGCAGAUCUUCUCCGAACGCGAAGGUCUCCAUCUCCCAUCUCCAUCUGCAGUUCUCCUUCUGUCGCCAGGGCUAGUAGCUCUUUCAAUCCACUACCUAUCGAUGAUGAAUUCCUCAUCGAUGAUUUGCCAAAGCGAAGGAAGCGGAAAAGUUGUGUUUCGUCUGAUAAAUCGCCUGCUGCUGAAAGAAGAGAGUCUAAACAGAGAAGAACUGCAACACAACCUGCUCGUAUUAGAAGAGUCGCUGUUAGAUCUCCCUCACCAGAAGAUAUAGAAGCAUGUUUGCAAAGGGAAACAACUUUUACACCUUCACCUUCAUAUUCAUAUGUACCUCAAACACAACGUGAGCCGGUGAAUGAGGCUGCCUCAGCGCCUUCACAAGCACUGAUCAUCGCUACAUUAAAAUUUGAAGAUGAAAGUGGAGAACCAUUUCGACCAGACAAGCUGGUGACCUUUCCCAGAAUCGCAACAAUGGCAGAAGCUGAAGAGCGAUUUCGUUCUGAACUUGGACAGCCGGCUAGGAUAUUCACCACGCGUCUUGGUGACGGGAGAGAAGCAGAUUCCGCAAUACCUCUUCUUAGCCUGGGAGAGCCACUGACCAUCAUAUGUAGAUUACAGCUAUCCGAUAACUUGGGUAACGUCAGAACGGCUGUAGUUGGAGAGGACAGCACCAAGCUGGCUGGUCUUAGCAUAAGCGAUAAACUUGAUCUUUCUUUGGCGAGACCUGAAAAAAUUGGCCAAGUGCUGAGGACAGCCACUACAUCAAGGCCAAAACUCAAAAGCCUUUCCCUUGACGGCUGUGAUAUCACAGAAAGUGUUCUUUCUCAUCUGGGUGUUAUAUUGAAUGACCUCACAAACUUAAGUUGCAAGUAUGUGGGCCUCAAUGAUAACCAGCUUUCCACGCUUUGUUCGAAGUCAUUUUUCCCUCAACUUUCAUCGCUCAAUCUGUCACACAAUGAAAUCACCUCUGGCUCCACUUUAUCAAAUUUUUUGGAAAACUGUACUCAAUUGUCUGAACUGCACUGCUGCGAUUUGGAUGUAGUACAAGGGCAGGACACCUUGAUGGACACCAUCUCAAGGUUACAGAAUCUUCAAGUGCUAGAUAUCUCUUUCAAUAGUUGGGUCAAAGGAGAAUACGUAGAGAAAAUAAUCAAUUCGUGUGAGAAUCUAUCUACUUUGAUAUUGGAUGGUUGCAACCUCGACGAAAUAUCAUUUGAGCCUACAUGGUUGCCUAAUCUCCGUACCCUCUCAAUGGUUGGUUGCCAGCAAAUAGAAUACGAUUCUUUGGUGGAAUGGAUAAGCAUGGGUUCUAUCCAAAAAUUAGACCUAUCAGGGACUGAUAUAACGCUGGACCAUGUCAGAACUUUAGUGGCAUCUAGAAUGGUGUGCCCAGAAAUUGCCAUCAGAUUAGUUAGAACACGGUCGAUUGAAAAUGAACCUCAAGCAUUUGUCGACAUGAUGUUAUCGUUUGUCACCAAUAGUUUAUCUCCGGUCCGGUUUGAGUUUUCUGCAAAUUUCGCUAAUGCUCUGCGGAAUUUGACGGCGUUCGCUUCAAAUUUUCUAUGUUCUUAGUUAUGUUGUACAAAGUGG